GCCAUCGCUAUCGUCAACUAUACCAUCAAGGCGAUCGGUGAUGUUGAACCUAGGCUAAUGAUAAUCAUCUCAGCAAGGAGAACAUUCUAUAUCACUUUACUUGCCCCUCAUUUUUCAAGGUUGGCUAAACUACCUUUUCCUCUCACAACUUUUCGGAACUGUACAAUAGAUCAUAUCCCGGUCACUAUGUCGGAAUCAAAGCGGCCGCACUUCGAGACUCUCCAGCUCCAUGCAGGUCAAGAGCCAGAUCCUACCACCAAAGCUCGUGCGGUGCCGAUUUACGCGACCACGUCAUAUUCAUUCAAUGAUUCUGCACAUGGAGCUCGGCUAUUUGGUCUCAAGGAGCUUGGCAACAUCUAUAGCCGGAUAAUGAACCCCACGGUUGAUGUCUUCGAGAAGCGAAUUGCAGCUCUUGAAGGUGGCGUUGCAGCCGUGGCGGCCGCAUCUGGCCAGGCAGCACAAUUCAUGACUAUUGCAGCCCUUGCCCAUGCAGGUGAUAACAUUGUAGCAACCAGCAAUUUGUAUGGUGGCACGUACAAUCAGUUCAAAGUCCUCUUUCCACGCCUAGGCAUCCAUACCAAAUUCAUUCAAGGGGACACCCCGGAGGCAAUUGCUGCAGCCAUCGAUGAUCGGACCAAGGCUGUUUAUGUUGAAACCAUCGGCAACCCACGCUACAAUGUACCAGACUUUGAAGCUAUUGCGAAGGUAGCCCAUGAGAAGGGCGUUCCACUAGUGGUGGACAACACUUUCGGGGCUGGCGGCUAUUACUGUCGUCCUAUUGAGCACGGCGCAGACAUCGUUGUACACAGUGCCACUAAGUGGAUCGGUGGCCACGGUACUACUAUUGCAGGUGUUGUUGUUGAUAGUGGUAAGUUUGACUGGGGCAAGCAUGCUGCGCGGUUCCCUCAGUUCGUGGAGCCCUCCGAAGGCUACCAUGGCCUGAAGUUUUGGGAGACUUUUGGCAAUAUUGCUUUUGCCAUUCGUGUACGGGUGGAGAUCCUCCGUGAUCUUGGCCCAGCCCUGAAUCCGUUCGCUGCGCAGCAGCUUCUCCUUGGGAUUGAAACCCUCAGCUUGCGUAGCGAAAGGCAUGCAACCAAUGCCAUCACUCUGGCUAAAUGGCUUAAAAAGAACGAAAACGUAAGCUGGGUCUCUUAUCCGGGCCUCGAUGACCACGCUAGCCAUGGAAUCGCCAAACGUUACCUGCCCCGAGGAUUUGGCGGUGUUCUUUCAUUCGGUGUCAAGGGGGGUGCUGCGGCUGGUAUUCAGGUGGUCGACGGCUUCAAGUUGAUAUCCAACCUUGCAAAUGUUGGGGACUCAAAGACCCUCGCUAUUCAUCCCUGGUCGACAACUCACGAACAGCUUACUGAGCAGGAGCGGAUUGACUCUGGGGUCACGGAAGACGCCAUCCGAAUUUCUGUUGGUACGGAGCACAUUGACGACAUCAUCGCGGAUUUUGAGCAGUCUUUCAAGGCUGCGAGUGCGCUGUGAGCGAGGGUAUCGUGACUUCGAUGAACUAGCAAGGGAAGAAGGCUAUCUACUGGGAGGGAUACUGGCUUUGGGUCAGCUCAAAUGGCACCGCACUGAUGUCUUUGCGGCUCAAAGCUCUCCAGCGCGACAUGUGACUGUUAUGAGACCCCAAUUUAGUUGCCCAAUUGAACAGUUUCAUGUAUGGAGAAGUGGCAAGGCACACGUGUCUGCUCCUAGGAGCAUGGGACCUUGUAGUUUGAUUAUUGCUGCUUGCUACGUAAUGAGCAGAUGUAUCUAUGAGCUUAAUUCUGC